AUGAUUCUGCCGGAGAUGGAUGACGCCAGGGCGUACCGCGCCAUUCCUUCCGAUCCAGAUGCUGUCGAAGAGGAUGACACAAGCCGAUGUCGCUGGGGGCCGAAUCCCCGCCACCUGGUAGCCACGCUCUCCUUGCUGGUUGUGGAGUGGCUGCUGAUCUGCUGGGUAGUACACCUGGGAGAGGCGCCGCGCUACUACUUGAUAUUCGCCUCGAUGUACGCCUUCGCCAUGGGCGUGGUGAUCCUCGUGAAUCGCUCCAACCCCGGGUUUGUGCCGAAGGACACGGACUUGGAGCUGUACCGGCGAGAAGCAUUACCAGCCACGACGGUCGAGCUCAACCACACCCGCUUCGUUCAGCGCUGGUGCGUCUCGUGCCGCAUGUACAAGCGCCCGCGGGUUAAGCAUUGCUACGAGUGCCGACGUUGCGUUUCGCGCUUCGACCACCACUGCCCAUGGAUGUCCAACUGCAUCGGAGCCAACAACUACAAGCUGUUCCUGCUCUUCUGGCAACACUACCUUGGGCUGCAGAUAUACUCGCUCUACUUCAUAGGACAAUGUAUUAGCGCGAAAUCGGCCGAUACUGACGUCUCGCUUCUGGGCGCGGCCGUCCGGAGCGUUGCCUCGGAGCACCCGCUACUGGUAUGUAUACUCGUGGUGACGUGCAUUCGUCUGCUGCUUGCGGGCUGCGUGUUCGCGGCCCACGGCUAUUUGGUCUGCCGCAACAUGACCCACUACGAGUACCGAUCGCAGCCGUACAAGGGCAACAACCCUUUCGAUUUGGGUAGGUGCGGACUGCACAGAGAAAACGUUGCGAUAGGCCUGUAUCAAAACUUGCGCGCCUUUGUAUUACUUCCGUGGAUCGACUUCUCGCGCGACUGA